AGCUGAUUGUCUGGAAACAAGUUCUGCCCUGAUCUUUGUGAAUACAACGAUGUGGAUUUUGAUUCUCCUCAUUUGUUCUCUGCCCGUUUCAGGUGCAUUGUGGGCAAAAGACAGAGUAACAGGAGUUGUGGGAAGAGCGAUCACAAUAGAAUGUCACUAUGAUGCACAGUGGUACAAGUCACAUAUGAAAUAUUGGUGUCUUGGCAAGAGUCGCCAGUGUAAUGUUGUAGCAUCGACAAAUUGGCGAAAUGGAAGAAUAUCGGUCACAGAUAACAAGUCACAAGGAAUAUUUAUUGUUACUAUGGAGGAUCUUCGCUCAAGAGAUACAGGAUGGUACAGCUGUGGUAUUGAAAAAUCUGGCCUCCUCGAUCAAAUGUUUGCUGUGUGGCUACAAAUAUCUUACGAACCCAUGUCUGUUCCUGUGCUUUACUUUUCAUCAUCAGCAAAUAUCUCAUGUUCUGGGGGUUCAGUGUCCGUCUCCUGUGAGUCUGUCCAGGGAUCCCUUCCCAUUCAGUACACAUGGUAUGAAAAGACCCUGUCUGAAGAUUCAAAGAUCUCUGACACCAAUAAAUUGGAUCUACAUUGUCAAUCAUUCAAACAGCAACAUCAUCAAUAUUACUGCACAGCCUCAAAUAAUCAGGGAGAAAAAUCCAGUGAAAUGGUUAACGUAUCAAAGAUCAAUAUAACAAGGAAAAACUGCAGUUAUGUGAUACAAAUUGGAAACAUUGGACCUGAGUAUUGUUCUGAAUUUUCAACAAUAGCAUCACCAACUACACAUUUGACAAGUACAGAUAUAAUUUCCACUACAGUUCGAACCACACCUUCAGAUCCCGAAAAUCCUGAAAGACACUCAAGGAAUCAGAUCCUCAGAGCUUGACCUAAGAGGGAAAAUGAAGAUUCCGGGGUUACAUCUACAUUGAUGGAAUUUUUCAUCCUGACAAAAUAUUCAUUAUUUGUUGAGCUUUGAAUUUCAUUUAAUAAUU